AUGUUUGGUGAAAAUGUAAAAAUAAGAAUUUUUGAAGGACGUUGGUUAGCACGUGAUGGUGAAAUUAUGUGGAACAGUCGAAGACGAGAACAAGUUGUCACAUUACAAGAUCAUGUUAUUGAACAAAUGCCUACGUAUAUUCAAGAGGGCUUAUUUAAAAAUAUAAAUGAACGUGUCUGGCCUACUUCAAGAAAUAUUCCAAUUCGAGAAGUUGAAGAUAGAUUAUUCGAACUUAUUCAACCAUUUGUCAAAAGUGAAAUAAUUGAGUUAAUACCAGAAAAUUUACAUGAACAAAGUGAAUGUUUAAUUAAAGGUGAUUUUGAUCUAUUAUUAGGAGCUGAUGGAGCAGAAUCAUUUGUGAGAAAUUACUGCAAUAUUGGUGUCUUUGUUGAAGGAAUAGAAUAUGCUUGCGGUGUUGCAUACAACAUUCCGGAGCAGGUGGAACCAUCAGAUGAACCAUUACAUCAAGCUUUGAACUGUAUUUUAACAAUAUCCCAAACACGUUACUUAGUUAAUUCAUCGACAAGUCGUCAAGGUUUUUUAAAUAUUCGUCUGACAAAAGUUGAAUACGCUGAAUUAGAAAAAAGUUUAAAAUCAAUUCAAAUUAAUCACAAUGGAAUUCUUGAUCUUUAUAAUCUCGACCAAUGUCCUUAUUCGCCUAUAUGGACAAUAAUUCGACAGGGUUUAGCUUUUUUUCGAAUUGGACAAAAGUAUGUUAAACGUGUUCAACCAAUUGAAAUUAAAGUGAGACAUGCAGCAAUUGCCGUUAGAGAAUUAAAAUAUCAACAAGAAAAAAACUAUAAAACAGCUCUUGCCUUCUUAGCUGGAGAUUCGUUAAUGAAUGUUCAUUUCUGGCCAGGACGUGGUAUGAAUUCGGGAAUGAAAGCGGCUGUGGCUUUAGCAAGAAACAUUUUGACUGUAUGUACAAAUCCAACAAACAACCAAAUUCAAAUACAAACACCGUUAAAAUUCUUAGACUUUUUAACGUAUGAAGGAUUUAUGGCACGAUUACGUGCACGAGAACAACAAGGUCGCUCACUGCGAGUAUUAAACAAUCCAAUUGAUAGUGCUCUUGAACAAUCGUACAAUUCUCUACGAUCAAUGGAAUUUGAAGUAUAUAAAGAGCAAUUAGAAACAAAAUUAAGAGAAACGCGGAAUCGUUUAGAGAACCGUGAAGAUUGGCCACAUUCUCCCAAGCAUCAUGUGUCCGAUGAGGAUAUUCAUCGUGCAACAAAUCGUAUUAUUUAUACGGCCGUUCAAGAAUUAAAUUUAGCUAAUCCGUGGCCAACGAGAGAAAUGAGUGGUCAAGAAGUUCUUAUACAAGAUACAUAUCCGAACGAAACAAUUCACUAUUUUACAGUACCAACAAAAAUACUCGUACCUAAACCAUCAUUGAGCACACGAACAGCUAACAUUCAUCGACGAAUAAUUAUUUUAUGGAUAAAGACGGAGGCAAAACAUGAAUUAUUGAUUAAUUCAAUCGAAAAUUCCCCUAAGUUUUUGUCAACAGUACCUGCUUUCCGACGAAAUGAAUUACAUGUUGUAAGAUCAAUUACUGAAAUAACUCAAUGGCUAAAUGAUCGAAAAACUUUGGUCAAUUUACCAAUUACUCGAUUUAAAGUAAUAAUUGAUCAACAACCAACAUCUCUUGAGCUUGUAGAAUUAGUGAGAACGUAUGCAAAACAUGCACCAAUAUUAAUAUUUACUAAAGAAGAGGAAACAAUCACACUAGAUUUUCCCAAUAUUUUACUAACUCAUCUGGUGGUCGAUAUUUAUGAAUUUGUUGAACUUACUGUAGAUCCCCAGUGGAAAGAAGGGCUUUCCGCCGAGAAAUCUAUAAAUUAA